ACCUGUACUUGUCAAAAUGGCUCAACUCCUGAAUAGCAUACUCAGUGUGAUUGACGUAUUCCACAAAUAUGCCAAAGGGAAUGGGGACUGUGCCUUACUAUGCAAGGAAGAGUUGAAACAACUGCUCUUGGCUGAGUUUGGAGACAUCCUCCAGAGACCAAAUGACCCAGAGACUGUAACCAUCUUGAACCUCUUAGAUCAAGACCGAGAUGGACAUAUUGAUUUUCAUGAGUACCUCUUGUUGGUGUUCCAGUUGGUCCAAGCUUGCUAUCAUAAGCUAGACAAUAAGUCACAUGGAGGCAGGACCUCACAGCAAGAAAGGGGGCAGGAAGGAGCACAAGACCGUAAGUUCCCAGGAAACACAGGCAGACAACACAGACAGAGGCACGAGGAAGAAAGGCAGAACUCCCACCACAGUCAGCCUGAGAGACAAGACGGAGAUUCCCACCAUGGUCAGCCUGAGAGACAAGACAGAGAUUCCCACCAUGGUCAGUCUGAGAAACAAGACAGAGAUUCCCACCACAGUCAGCCUGAGAGACAAGACAGAGAUUCUCACCACAAUCAGUCUGAGAGACAAGACGAGGAUUUCAGCUUUGAUCAGUCAGAGAGACAAAGUCAAGACUCCAGCUCUGGUAAAAAAGUGAGUCACAAAUCUACCAGUGGCCAGGCUAAAUGGCAGGGACAUAUCUUUGCCUUAAAUCGGUGUGAAAAACCAAUUCAGGAUUCUCAUUAUGGUCAGUCUGAAAGACUUACACAACAAUCUGAAACACUUGGACAAGCCUCUCACUUUAACCAGACAAAUCAACAGAAAUCAGGCUCUUAUUGUGGACAGUCUGAGAGGCUAUGUCAGGAAUUAGGCUGUGGUCAGACAGACAGACAAGGCCAGAGUUCCCACUACGGUCAGACGGACAGACAAGACCAGAGUUAUCAUUAUGGUCAGACAGACAGACAAGGCCAGAGUUCCCACUACAGUCAGAUGGACAGACAAGGCCAGAGUUCCCACUACAGUCAGCCAGACAGACAAGGUCAGAGUUCCCACUAUGGUCAAAUGGACAGAAAAGGCCAGUGUUAUCAUUAUGAUCAGACAAACAGACAAGGCCAGGGUUCCCACUACAGUCAACCAAACAGACAAGGUCAGAGUUCCCACUAUGGUCAGCCAGACACACAAGGUCAGAGUUCUCACUAUGGUCAGACAGACAGACAAGACCAAAGUUCUCACUAUGGUCAGACAGAGAGACAAGGCCAGAGUUCCCACUACAGUCAGAUGGACAGACAAGGCCAGGGUUCUCACUGCGGUCAGACAGACAGACAAGGCCAGAGUUCCCACUAUGGUCAGCCAGACAGACAAGGCCAGAAUUCCCACUAUGGUCAGACAGACAGACAAGGCCAGAGUUCCCACUAUGGUCAGACAGACAGACAAGGCCAGAGUUCCCACUACAGUCAGCCAGACAGACAAGGCCAGAGUUCCCACUAUGGUAAGAUAGACAGACAAGACCAGAGUUAUCAUUAUGGUCAGCCAGACGGACAAGGCCAAAGUUCCCACUAUAGUCAGACAGACAGACAAGGCCAGAGUUCCCACUAUGGUCAGACAGACAGACAAGGCCAGAGUUCCCACUACAGUCAGCCAGACAGACAAGGCCAGAGUUCCCACUAUGGUAAGAUAGACAGACAAGACCAGAGUUAUCAUUAUGGUCAGCCAGACGGACAAGGCCAAAGUUCCCACUAUGGUCAGACAGACAGACAAGGCCAGAGUUUCCACUAUGGUCAGCCAGACAGACAAGGCCAGAGUUCCCACUACGGUCAGAUGGACAGACAAGGCCAGAGUUCCCACUAUGGUCAGACAGACAGACAAGGCCAGAGUUCCCACUACGGUCAGACAGAUGGACAAGGCCAGAGCUAUCAUUAUGGUCAGACAGACAGACAAGGCCAGAGUUCCCACUAUAUUCAGUCACAGACUGGGGAAAUACAAGGGCAAAAUAAGUACUUCCAAGGGACUGAAGGAACAAGAAAAGCCUCUUAUGUUGAACAAUCAGGAAGAUCAGGGAGGCUAAGUCAACAGACUCCAGGACAGGAAGGGUACCAAAACCAGGGACAGGGAUUCCAGUCUAGGGACUCACAGCAGAACGGCCACCAGGUAUGGGAGCCUGAAGAGGAUAGCCAACAUCACCAACACAAACUCUUAGCACAAAUCUAACAAGAAAGACCACUUUGUCACAAAGGGAGAGACUGGCAAUCAUUCAGUAGUGAGCAGGGCCACAGACAGGCCCAGACCAGGCAGAGUCAUGGUGAGGGGCUGAGCCACUGGGCAGAGGAAGAGCAGGGCCAUCAAACCUGGGAUAGACACAGCCAUGAGAGUCAGGAAGGUCCAUGUGGGACACAGGACAGGCGAACCCAUGAAGAUGAGCAGAACCAUCAGAGACGAGACAGACAAAUCCAUGAACAUGAGCAGAGCCAUCAGAGACGAGAUAGGCAAACCCAUGAAGACAAGCAGAACCGUCAGAGACGAGACAGGCAAACCCAUGAAGACGAGCAGAACCAUCAGAGACGAGACAGGCAAACCCAUGAAGAUGAGCAGAACCGUCAGAGACGAGACAGGCAAACCCAUGAAGACGAGCAGAACCAUCAGAGACGAGACAGGCAAACCCAUGAAGACGAGCAGAACCAUCAGCAACAACAUAAUAGACAAAACUAUGAGGAGAAAGAGAGGUAUCAAGGAUCUCAGAAUCAAAAAUCCCAAGUGACCCACAGAAGCUGUCCUAACAGAGAAAAAUUCCACAUGAAAGAGGAUGACCAGAGCCAAGGCUCACAGAAAAGACACACUGAACCAUCCUUCUAUCCAACCCAGAGCAGUGGGAGGCCCCAAAGCAGAGAACAGCAUGGUCACCCUGCCAAGGGAGCUACUGUUCCCAACCCCCUCUAUGACUAUGUGCAAGAGCAGAAAUCCUACCCAUACUAGGCUAUGUGAGCACCAGAGGUAAAGCAACACAAAGCCAAAAAAGAAACCUAUAUGUCGAGUUCACCUUUAAUUCGAUUUAAGAGAUUGAGAAUGUAUUUCUUCCCUCUAUCCUCUGCUGUAUCUCCCUGCAAGGAUGUUUUUGAGUACUAGCAUUCACGUAAGGGCUUUUGGUUCUUUGAGCAGCAAUUCUA